GCUGGGAGGGACUUUCAUUUUCCCUUUGGAGAUCCCCCAUUCCACCAACCCUCUGCAGCAGUGAGAAGUUUGCAAAGGCUUCUUUUCCUUUUUGGUUCAAACCUAGACCCUGGACAGAGGAAACCAUGGCUUUCCAGACCCCCUACUUCACACCGUCUCUUCCAUUUACUGGUCACAUUUAUGGGGGCCUGAGAGAUGGGAUGAUGGUCUUGAUCUCUGGAAGUGUCCAACACUCUUGCAAAAGAUUCCAGAUUGACUUCCAGUGUGGCUCUGCCCCUUCGCCCCGACCGGACAUUGCUUUCCAUUUCAACCCUCGACUCGAUGAAGGUUGCGUGGUGGGGAACACCUUGGAAAGAGGUACUUGGCAACAUGAGGAAAGGAAGCCAGAAAUGCCCUUCCGCAAAGGCCACCCGUUCGAAAUCCGGGUCCUUGUGAACAGCAUCUCUUUCAAGGUGGCUGUGAAUGGGAAGCAUUUUUUGGAGUUCAGGCACAGGAUCCCUCUGUCCAGAGUGGACACCAUCGGCAUCUCUGGAGGCGUGGAGGUGGCAUCCAUCAACUUCCAAGGACCCACCCAACUUCCAGAUAUCUGGAAUGCUAGCACAGCAGCAAUGACCAAUUCUGCUUUUCAACCCUGUCCAGCUUUUCCACCGGCAUUUCCAGUAAGUCCCAAAAUCCAUCUUUUGUCUCCCGUUUUAACCAUUCUUGGGCCAAUAUGGAAAAAAGACACCAAUGAAGUUUGUUGGGGUUUCACUUCUCUCAAACACAUUCUUCAUAACUUCUUAUUACAUUCCUUCGUAACGUCUUAUUGCGUUACUCAUUUUCUGCUUUAACUUCCUUUAUGCCUUUGCUUAU